AGAUUAUCAGGCAGUCCGGGCAACUACAGCGCCUAUGAAGUGAGAGCAAACGGUACAAUAAUCAGCAGCAUAAGCCAGGGGCACAGAGGACGUUCCUAAACAAAGCAGAGCGAGGGGGAAAGGACAGAGCCCGACAAAGAAGCAUCAUGGGUUGCUUUGAAUGCUGUAUCAAGUGCCUGGGAGGAGUUCCAUAUGCUUCACUGGUGGCCACAAUUCUCUGUUUCUCUGGGGUGGCACUUUUCUGUGGCUGUGGUCACGUGGCACUUACGGGAACAGUAGCCAUACUUGAACAGCACUUCUCUUCAAACCCCAGCGAUCAUGUCUUCUUGACUGAAGUAAUACAGCUAAUGCAAUACGUCAUCUAUGGAAUUGCAUCUUUUUUCUUCUUGUAUGGAAUCAUUCUAUUAGCUGAAGGCUUCUAUACCACUAGUGCAGUGAAGGAGCUACAUAGUGAAUUUAAAACUACAGCCUGUGGACGAUGCAUCAGUGGAAUGUUUGUUUUCCUUACCUAUAUUCUUGGAGUGGCCUGGCUUGGCGUCUUUGGCUUUUCUGCCAUUCCUGUUUUCAUGUUCUACAACAUGUGGUCCUCUUGUGAAGUUAUCAAAGCAUUGCCUACAAAUCUGACCACCACAGCCGAUCAGAUCUGCGUGGACAUCCGGCAAUUUGGGAUCAUUCCAUGGAACGCUUUACCUGGAAAAGCAUGUGGGCAAGCUUUGGAACAAAUCUGCAAUAGUAAUGAGUUCUACAUGUCCUACCACCUCUUUAUUGUGGCUUGUGCUGGAGCUGGAGCAACUGUCAUUGCCUUGCUGAUCUACAUGAUGGCUACCACAUAUAACUAUGCCGUCUUGAAGUUUAAGAGUCGGGAAGAUUGCUGCACUAAAUUCUAAUUUGUUCUAGAAAAAGACAUAUUGAGACUGCAUUGUUGUAGCUCGAACUACCACUGACACCCUGGACUAAAAAAAACUCAGUCUAGCAUUUAGAAUCUAUUUACCAUUAUAUUUUUGUGUUUUUUUUUGUUUUGUUUUGUAAAUAGCAAUUCUUAUUUAGUCCUAUAAAGUCACAUUAUUAAUAAUAAAAACGUUGUGUUUGAAUGCUGCAGGGGAUGAGGUUUGGCUAUGUUUUCUGUUCCUAAUUAGAAAUGUAAGAAUUAGAAUUAGUACAAGCGGGUCUUCUCUGGCCUCUCUUCUUCUCCCUUCCCAGUUGUGCAGAGGAUUUCCCCACAAAACAUUAUGGGUCUGGUGAAAUCCACUGAACAAUGGAAACUGUAGGAGAAAUUCUAAAUAAGAGGAACAGACAAUUUCUGUUACACGUAUUGUUUACAUAAUAAAUAAAAGUUUUCCGGGUCGUUACUAACAGAAUAAUGGCAGAGACACACGCUCAGAUUCGGGGAGAUUAGGUGUCUGCGACAAAUCUCCUCUUCUUUGGGGCGACUAAUCUCCCCAAACUGCCUUCUGCCGGCUAGAAUGUAAAUUGCCGGUGGGAUGGCACUCAGAUCGAUUCGUUUUCCGAAGUCGCUGAAGUUUCCUUGUGGGGCGACUUCGGAAAACGAAUCACUCAGAGUGCCAUCCGGCCGGUGAUUUACAUUCUAGGCGGCAGGAGGCAGUUCGAGGAGAUUAGUCGCCCCGAAGAAGAGGAGAUUUGUCGCCGGGCGACUAAUCUCCCCGAAUCUGAGCGCGUCUCUGCCCUAACAGUUGUUUAGAGUCCUAGUACUGCAGUAUCAUUUUGUACACAGCCCUUUCAUUUGUAUAGUAAAUUGCUUGUAACAGAUGUUUAUUUAAUAGCCAGAUCUCAAAGGAACAUCCAAAAACAAGGAGCCUGUAUGAUUGGCCUUUGACCAGUAGAACCUUGGCGCUGUACCUUUAUGCUCAGGGGGCUCAUUUGGCCAAAAAGAGAGGGAUCUAAAGAUAUGUGACGUAACACAAAGUAGCACGGUACUGAGGGGGGAAGCCAGUGUGGUGUGGAAUUAUCACUUGGGGGGGAAGGUUAUUUUUCACAUGUACGUUUGAGAGGAGACCAUAAGCUAUAGUGAUAAAAUGGAUUCUUUUUAUAACCUAUUUUUGUAGUUGAAUAAACAUGGCAAUAAAAUA